AUGAGUGGUUUACAGUGGAUAGUGAAAGUUAUCAUUUUGAUGCGAUACGAAGUACAAGAACACGAACUUGCACUCAUGCGCGAAUACGAGAGUGUCAUUGUUCAACGCGAAUCCGAGGCUCUCGAUGUUGCACUAGCUGCCAGCAAUUCUCGAUCAGAGCACCUGGCUCGUGUGGGCCGGCUGCUCCGUGCUGUCAUGCGCAAACUGGGUGGAGAGGAUAUCCAAGCCUACGAGAGGAUGUCAGUCUCAGAGGGCUCAUCUGCGUUUAUGGUUGAAGUCUCAUCUUCUGCAAUUUCUGCGACUGAUCACACACGACCAGAACCCAACGAGAACAGUACCAGUACUGUUGAGGAUAAGGAGGACAGCUAUGCUGAGUUGGCGAGGGAGCUUGAUGGAGAAGAGGAGCCAGACCGUUUUCAACGACGACUUGCGGCAGCAGAGUGGGCUCUCGAACGCGAGAGCGAGCUUGCGCGGUUAGAACAGGAGAACGAAGAGCUUCGGAGGUUGUUAAAAGGAGUCCUCAAUGCAGAUGCCUCUGCUGCUCUCCCUGCUCCGGCAGUCCCCCGUCCUGAACCUCCUAGCGGAGAGCGUGUCCAAUCAGGGAGAACAUCACCAGCGUUGUCGACUUCCUCUUCCGGUACGGUGCGACGGCAGCUCGGUGGGCCGGCGGGGACAGUUGGCCCAUUUGGGACGUACAAGAAGCGGGUAUCAGGUUAA